GCGGCGAGUGCCCUCGAGAGACUUGGUCGGAAGCCGACGAUCGGGUCGCGACACGUCGUUCGAUCGAGAAAACACGUACGCCACCGGAAGGGUACACGGGACCCAGGUGCGAGUUAGUCGAGAUAACAGGGUGCUAGCCCUGCCGGGGGCUGGCGCGGCGACAGGCGUCUGUAAUACUGGUUGCAAAGGACCCGGACCGAUCCACCGGAGCCGCGCGAUGACUGGAGAACGACUGGACAGUGGACGGUGCGUGCCGUCGCGAUGGCGGCUCGGCGGCCCUACGCGCCACGUGACUACGGGAUUCGUACACCUGCGGAUCGCCGCUGCUGUGAGCUUGCUGAUCAUCGCGCACGGCGGCGACGCCUCGUACGAGAUGCAGGGCCCGAGUUUCGUGUCGGAGCCACCGUCCCGCGUCGAGUUCACGAACGUGAACGGCGGCCGCGUGGACUGCAUAGUCCGCGGGAACCCGGCGCCCACCGUCGACUGGCUGGCAGCGGAUGGCGGCAGCAUAACGAGCAUCCCCGGAAUCAGACACGUCCUUGGCAACGGGACCAUCCACUUCCCCGGGUUCGAGGCCGAGGUGUUCCGGCAGGACGUCCACUGGGCCAUUUAUAAGUGUUCCGCCGUGAACAGCGUCGGCGCCAUCGUUAGCAGAGACGUCACUGUCAGAGCAGUGGUGAACCAGCGUUACGAUCCGGAAGUGCAAUGUCCCGGCGGUUUCCUCGGCAACAACGUACUUAUGCGAUGCAACGUACCCAGUUUCGUUCGUGACCACGUCACCAUUACGUCUUGGCUGCAGGAGCCGUCGUUCAACAUCUACCCGUCGACGAUGGGAGAUGGCAAGUAUCACAUGCUAUCGAGCGGCGAGCUGAUGAUACUGAAUAUCACGCGGGAGGACGCGGAACAGAGUUAUCGGUGCAGGACGCAUCAUCGUCUGACGCAGGAAACGGUCGUCAGCAGCAGCUCCGGGAGGCUCCAAUUGACUGAGAUACGGAGCACGAUGCCGCCGAUGAUAAACGAGAAGGUGGUUUAUACGUCCGCGCGGCUGAAAGACACCAUUGUGAUACCGUGCGUCGCGUACGGCAAUCCAACCCCCACCAACAGGUGGUACUACAACCGGAACCAGAGGGAGGAGCCGAUCGAGGACUCGGCGGGCCACUACGUGGUGCGCGACGGUUCGCUGAUCAUACAAGGUGUCCAGGAAAACGACACCGGCUCGUACAUGUGCACCGCCAGUAAUUCGGAGGGCAGCGAGUCCAUGGAAGUGAGGUUAACGGUGUCCGCGCCAUUGAGCGUGCACGUUCAGCCGUCGAUUCAGACCGUCGAUCUCGGGAAGGCCGCUCAUUUGACGUGCAGCGCCAGUGGAUUUCCGCAGGCAGCGUUGUACUGGCUGAAGGACGGACAGCCGCUGAGGACAGGCGCUCGCGUGAGGGCGGUUACCAGGGAGCGCAUCUCCGUGAUGUCGGUGGCGCGCGAGGACCGCGGCAUGUACCAGUGCUUCGUGAGGAACGAGUACGAAAUGGCCCAAGGAAUCGCGGAAUUGCGGCUCGGCGAGAUCGCGCCGCAGCUGGUGUACAGGUUCAUCGAGCAGACGAUGCAGAUCGGGCCGUCGGUUUCCCUGAAAUGCAGCGCCGCGGGUAAUCCCACGCCGCAAAUUUCCUGGUUGCUGGAUGGAUUUCCGCUUCCGCAAAACGACAGGCUCCUGAUUGGCCAGUACGUGACUGUGUACGGGGACGUAAUAUCGCACGUUAACAUCUCGUCGGUGAAGUCGGAAGAUGGGGGCGAGUACGAGUGCAUCGCCAGCAGCCGGGCCGGCGAGGCGCGCCACUCGGCCAGGCUCAAUAUUUACGGCCCGCCAUACGUCAGACCCAUGACCACGGUUUCGGCGGUCGCUUGGAAACAGUUUCACAUCAAAUGCCCGGUCGCCGGGUAUCCCAUUGAAUCGAUCAUUUGGGAGAAAGACGGAGUGAGGCUGCCGACCAACAUGAGACAGAGAGUGGCGAACGGCAGUCUGUCCAUCGAUAACGUGCAAUCAGACGCGGAUCAGGGCACGUACACGUGCACCGCGAGGGACAAGCAUAACAUCACCUCCCAACGGUCGGUCGAAGUGCGGGUCCUAGUUCCACCGCGGAUCCCGCCGUUUUAUUUCGAGAACGGUGUCACGGAGGGGAUGAGGACACAGCUAAUGUGUUCCAUGAGCCAGGGUGACCGGCCGUUCAACGUCACGUGGUUGAUGGACAACAAACCGAUUCAGGUCAGGCCCGGUGACGGCGCGUCGUCGACGUCUUCGUCGGGCGGAUCCAACCCGGCCAUUGUCGAGACCGGGGACAACAUACAGAUAAGCUACUUUCCGCCGUUUUCCAGCAUCCUGACGAUAAAUAACGUCAGCGCUAGGCACAGCGGGAACUACACGUGCCAGAUCAGCAACGUCGCUGGCCUGGCCGAGUACUCGGCCAGCCUCUCCGUUGCUGUGCCGCCGCGGUGGACGGUGGAACCUAUCGACCAGAACGCCGUUGUAGGUCACGGCGUCUCCAUCGCCUGUCAGGCAGAAGGAUUCCCCGUUCCGACCGUGACUUGGAAGCAACCGAUUGGUGGCACGCCGGGCGACUACAGAGAGCUGGGAUACAGCGGCACGGAGGGCGUCGGUGUCGCGGAGAACGGGUCCUUGGUGAUCCCGAGGGUGUCCAGGGAGCAUUCCGGGUUCUAUCUGUGCCAGGCGAGCAACGGGAACGGCCCCGGCCUCAGCAAGCUCAUUCGGCUAACGGUCCACGCGGGCCCCCAGGUAUCGGUGAAAACCGAGCAGAAGUCGGUGCGCCGCGGCGAGAACGUGAGGCUGCGCUGCGAGGCCGAAGGGGACGCUCCUCUCGAUCUGAGCUGGCGUGCACGUGACAGCCGGAUCGAUCCCAACUACGACGUUAGAUACACGAUCGACAACCAGAAGAUCUCCGACAAGGUGAUCUCCGAGCUGCACAUCGUCCAGGUGAACAACAUCGACCGCGGUGAUUACGUGUGCAUCGCGACGAACGCGUACGGCCACGCGAGGGCGACGAUCCACCUGCUGGUGCAGGAGCCGCCGAAUUUCCCGCGGAAUCUGCACGUGGCCGAGCGAGGCAGCCGAUCGCUGUUGCUCGCUUGGUCCUCGCCUUCCAGCGAGCUGGACCCAGCGCACGCCAGCACGCCGAUCAUCAACUACAUCGUCCAGUACAAGGAAGCGCAAGACGUGUGGCAUGAGCACAACUCGCAGAAGAUGAUGGCCGGGAACAACACGGUCGCGCUGGUGUCGCCGCUAAAACCGGCGACCUCCUACGACUUUCGGGUGCUUGCGGAAAAUCACUUUGGAACAUCAGCGCCAAGCGACAUCCUUCAUGCCCAGACCGACGGCGAGAUACCCGGUGGACCGCCCAGACACGUCGCCGUGAAGCCCCUGGGACCGCAGCAAGUGAAGGUCACCUGGCAACCACCGGAUCGAUCCCUCUGGAACGGCGAACUUCUCGGAUACACCAUCAGCUACGCCAAUCUCGGGGGGAAUGAUCAAUCGGUGAACAUCACGAGAGUGGGAAUCACGGGAAACGGGGACGGCUCGUACGAUUACAGGCUAACCGGCCUCCGAAAGUACACCCAGUACAGCGUGGUGGUGAAGGCGUUCAAUAAUAAAGGCGACGGGCCUGGAUCCGACCCGGUUACCGUGCAGACCUUCGAAGACGUUCCAAGCGCCCCGCCGCAGAACGUGGCUUGCGCCGCGCUGACCGGCCAGAACAUCCAGGUGACCUGGAAACCGCCGCCUUCCGACAAAGUUCACGGGGUCGUGCAGGGCUACAAGUUGCUGUACGAGGCCGGCAGCGCUGUCCUGGAGCAGCAGGCCGGCAGAGAGACGAAGAUCAGCCAUGCGUUGAGCACGGUCCUGCACGGGCUCAGCCCGUACACCAAUUACACGGUGCAGGUGCUCGCCUACACCAGGGCCGGCGAGGGUGUCACCAGCAGCCCGGUGUCCUGCACCACCGAAGAAACUGUUCCGGACGCGCCGGAGCGUGUGAAAGCGGUGACCAGUAACGAGGACGCGGUGGUGAUAUCCUGGCUGCCGCCUCGGCGGCCGAACGGCGUGCUCACCCAGUACACCGUGUACAUCCGCGUGCUGGACCAGGGCCAGGAGGUGAAGAUCACCAAGAGUAUGCUGCCCGCGCAGAGCCUGCACCACGAGGCGACCGGCCUGAAGCUGCGCGAGUCCUACGAAGCCUGGGUUACGGCCUCGACGAAAGUGGGGCAAGGACCGAGCACCCCGGUCAUCAAACUCCAGCUGAGCAACACCGUUCCAGCAGCUAUAAUAUCGUUCGGAGUGGCACUCGUGGUGCCGUGGAGGGUGGACGUCAAUAUGGCCUGCCUGGCCGUUGGUAAUCCGCGGCCGACGGUCGAGUGGCGACGCGGGGACGUCAAGCUGCAGAAAUCCGACGUCGGAGUGGACAACGCGCUGACGCUGAGGAACGUGCAGAGAACCCACGAAGGGAACUAUGUCUGCCACGUGAAGAAUCCGCUGGGGUCGGACGAGAUCGUGUACACUUUGCAGGUUCAAGUGCCGCCGACACCGCCGACUUUGCUGGCGACGGGCACGACGACCGACGCCGUCCAGCUGCAGUGGAAGCAAGGCGACAAUGGGGGCGCCCCGAUAAAGGGAUUCCUGCUCGCUUAUCGCCGCGAGUUCUCCGAGUGGGAGGAGGUGAUGCUGGACCGCAAAGCGAGCACUCAUCUGCUGGAGGGGCUGCAGUGCGGCACCAGGUACCAGUUCACUUUGGCCGCCUUCAACCGGAUCGGCAGCGGGAGCGCCAGCAAGAUCGAGAUCGCCAAGACGAACGGGACCAAACCGGUCUCGCCGCCGAAGCAUCAGCUCGUCAGGGUCAACCAGACUUUCGUCACUUUGGAGCUGACCUCCUGGCAGGACGGCGGCUGUCCGUUGUUGUACUUCGUCGUCGAGUACAGGAGGCUUCCUGGAGACUGGUUGCUAGUGUCGAACAACGUCCCGCCGCAGUCAAGAUUUCCGAUCGUCGACCUGGAAAGCGGCACCAACUACGAGCUCCGCGUGACGGCUUACAACAACGCCGGGUCCACGCAGGCCGAGUACCUGUUCACCACGCUGUCCCCGAACACCGGUAAUCGAAUGCAUAACGAUCCGCCGCCGGAAACCGAAGAGUCGUCCCUGUUUUUCGACGCGCACGUGCUAGCGCCGAGCGUGAUCUCGCUUCUGGCUGUAUUCCUGGCAGUGGCUGGCAUCUGCUUUUGUCUCAAAACACACGCAGAACGAGCCGGCCGAGCGAACGAUCCGAACUCGCAAACGCAGGCCGCUCUAGAGAACAAACACAACAUGGAACAAAGGGAACAGUACUAUGCGACCGUGAGGAAGCCCGGCCAGCAAUCGCCCUGUCGCGAGGUGAGCGCGCUGGAAAGAAUUCCCGAAUAUUCCGAAGACAUUUAUCCGUACGCCACCUUCAAUCUGUCCGAGCAGGAAAAUCUCUCGGCGAAUCCGAUACGACCGGCGUUCUACUACGAACGCAGCGAAACGAUGCUGCAAGGCAAUCAGUGCGAUAUGGACCAGUACACGAAGGUGCGCGGCAGAGCGCGUCGCAAGCUGAAGUCCUUCAAGUCGGAAUCGGAGGAGUACGACACCCUUGGCUCCGACACCGAGACGGACGUCGGCAACAGCAGCCGCACCGAGUCCUCGAACCACCAGGACGAUUCCCGGCCAGCCUCGAAGAACUCGAUCGGGCAGAGGAAGCAGCUACUAGCCCUGGUCCCGAAGCAGGUUCAUCAUAAUGUGAUGUACCACACGAACGAAUCGAGUACAUCAACCGAACCGUCACCAAUUUCUGAGAGGAAGACUUUCCCGAGGCUCGAGAAGCAAAGGAAUCAUGGAGCAACGCCCGACAUCGGGAUAGAUGGUCGCGUGCCGGGCAUCUUGCGGCCCGUGAUGAAGCUCUCGGAAUCCGGGAUGCACUGUUACUCAAGGGGAGCGUCGCCGAGCCGACCGGCGAGGCCUGGCUCCUGCGACAGGUUGGUCAAAGAGCCGAGCCCGAGGAAAUCCGUGGAGUCGUUGUGCCUGCUGGAGGAGCCCGGGUCGUUCAGGCUGGCAAGACGGGAAGAGGACUGGGGCAGCGAGCUGUCUACGUUGGAACUGAAGCCGCCGACAGGUUUCACGGACGCGCACGAGACCAGCGAGGCCGAGUGCGACAUCGACAUGAAGCUGAAGCUCCACAGGAAGAGGACGGGUUUUCCUUCUAACUCGCUCUCGAAAUCGCCUAAAGACUUCACUAUCACUGUCUAAGUGUUAAUCAAAUAUCGAGACGCAAAUGAAACCGAAAAGAAGAAAACGAUGACGAUGAAGAAGAAGAAGAAGAAGAAGAUGGAGGAGG